AUGGCUGCCUGGGCAUAUCCAUCUCUCCCAGCUGAACGGCUGAAGGAAAAGGAGGAGGCAUCAUUGUCUCAUGAAUUGCAGUGGCUCUUGAACUCCUUGCAGGGAACACUGGCCUCAUUACGAGAUGGGUUACAGGAAUGCUAUGCCCUCCUGGCACCAAAUGAUACGGGAUCAACGCUUGUCCUUUCGUCAAUGCGAUCAGAAAGUGUUAAGGGAUUUGUAACGAGAAUGGGCUCAAAGAUUGUUAAAGGCGAUGUUCAACUCCGUUUACAUUCCUUGCCUCCCCCACGCGGGUCACCGUCAACUCGAUUAUGCCUUUCCUCCGACCCAGCAGCUCCGGAACUUAUCCUGAAUCAGCUUUCGACUGUCCGCCGUCUCAUCAGCGAUAGUCUUGACAUCGUUGACAUUAGCACUUAUACUGGGGACUCGAAAGAUGCGAACUUUAUAUCUGGCCAACUACGGCUCCUGGGUGAUAAUCUAGCUGAAGCGAGGCAAACGUUGAAAGGAGAUGGUGAAGGAGUUAAGCAGCCCUGGUUUGAAGACAGCGCUGAUGGCAACAGCUUCGACCCGCCUCUCCCGCCCUGCCUCUCAUUCCACCUCUCAAUUUCAGAGGCAGCACUCGUGCUAUAUCUUCGCACCCUUGAACCUACCUCAACGGAAUCUACCCCGGCAACAUCUUUCGCACCGCAUAUUUCUCUCGGUGGCUUUUCUUUACGGGAUCAGCUUUUUGGAGCAAGACAGCCCACCCAUGAUGAAACUGGUGAUACAUUUCAAUGGCGUGGUGAAGAAGUAAGGGUUCAAGAAAAAGUCAGGGUGGAAAGUCAAGAUCCUAGUCUUCUAUCUGCCAUGGCUAAGAUCUCCGCUCUUGAACAUGAGGUUGCAAGAUGGAGAGAAGCUCUCUCUAUCUUGAUGGGAGAAGAAAGUGACUGA